AUGAGAUUAUAUCUCCUCCCGCUCUCAACGCGGCGAACGCUGCUCUACGCAAAACGUGUCGAGGCCAAGACUGCGCCACAGAAUCGAACAUAUGCCGACAAGGGCACCGCCUGGGCCGCCAAAACGUGGGCGUCAUGGGAGAAGAUGGAGUCUGGCUGGAAGCGAAAGGUCGUCGACUAUGGAAACUACGCCUUUCGACGUAUCCCUUACGAGGAAUGGGGCCUCAAAUCUGUGCCGCCUCUGUCCUCCCGCGAUAAGAACAACAUCGAGGGGAGGGAGAAGGUCGAGCUGUGCUUCCCCAGCUCCGUGAUACCGCCUAACAAGGCCGAGGGCAUUCUCAAGACUCUUGCGACAGAGCGACAGGCGCUGCACCGGAAGCGGCUUGUAUGGUGUAUUGUGGGCAUGCCAAUUACCAUCCCAUUUGCCCUAGUACCCAUCGUUCCCAACCUACCUUUCUUCUAUCUUGUCUACAGAGCCUGGUCCCAUUUCCGAGCAAUUUCAGGUGGCAACCAUCUCCAAUGGCUUCUGGAGCACAAGCUACUACGAUCUGCUCCUUGUGAGAAGCUCGACCAACUCUAUGCGCUACAUGCCCCACCCGCUGAAGAGCCCAACAACAAGGAACGUGCUCUCCUAACCCAGAAGGAAGUUCAAACUUUCUCAGAAACUCUUGAUAUGCCAGCCCUUGAGGUGGAGCUCGAGAGAGCUAUAUGGCAAGUCAACCACUCAGUUGAGGACCCUGACAGCCCAAGCCCACCCAAGGAAACGUCAGCUGGUACAGCUGCGGAAAACCCAGGAUCUACUAAACCCGUGGAGGAGAAGUAUAAGGAGAAAGACCAAUGA